CUAGAUCUUUCAAAAAUGGAUCACAAUUUCCAACAGAUGAGGAUUGAAUUGAUGGCAGAGGAGAACUUAAAUGGGAAUGCACAUAUCGGAGAGAAACGCAUCAAGCACUACAGCAAUUUCCACUGUACACUGCUUGUGGGCGAGGGUGAUUUUUCCUUUGCAGCUUGCUUGGCCAGGACAUUCGGCUCCGCUGCUAACAUGGUCGCCACCUCUCUCGACUCGAGAGCUACGUUGAGGGUGAAUUAUGCAACAUCAGCGAUUGACAACUUGGAAACGAUCGAGGGUUUGGGGGGUACCGUUUUGCAUGAAGUGGACGCUCAUACCAUGAGCGAGCAUCCCAUUCUCAAGCACAAAUCCUUCGAUCGAAUCGUCUACAAUUUUCCUCAUGCUGGCUUCAGCGGCUCCGAGGCAACCUUAGUCCAGAUUGAGCUGAACCGAGAUCUGGUGAGAGGCUUCCUGAAGAAUGCGAAAAAGAUGGUCACCGUGGAUGGAGAGAUUCAUGUGACGCACAAGAAAGCUCAUCCAUACAGCAGGUGGGAAAUCAAGGAGCUGGCUGAGGAACAAGGCCUGUUUUUGGUCGAGGAAGUGCCGUUCUCCCUGCGGCAUUAUGAAGGGUAUGUCAAUCGGAGAGGCUCAGGCUUCAAGUGUCGUCGUACUUUCCCAGUCGGAGAAGCCUCUACUUACAAGUUUAGCAAAAAUGAUCAUGGAAUGCAAUGCGCUAAUGCUCUGCCUAACUUGAGCCUGGCCGAUCUUGUUGAGUCUGUUUGAGCGAAAUGAUGACUUAUAUACGAUGUAUGGUGAUGUCGUUCUAAGCAGUCAUCUCCAGGUGUGCUUAAAAGAAAGCUUUAAUUUUGCCAUCUAGCUAGGAACGGAGUUCUUCAUUUUUAUGUGUGUUUCGACCGUGAAACUAGAUCUAGAUGUACGUAGUUUCUAUGGGAAUUUUCCUCCGAAAAAGCGUUUGUUAAACGAGCGGGC